AUGUGGAUGGUAAUUGUUUUAAUAAGUGUAGCUGAAGCUAUUCGUCUAGCGGAGAAUGAAAAAUAUUCAUACCUUUCUUCCCCAGCGUCAUCAAAAUCUGUCGAUUGUGGGCUCAACGCCUACUGGGACGAUUGUCCCCCAGAUUAUCCACCGCAUCAGAACUGCUCUCUACUCUGGUCUGAGUUUGAAUGUGAACCUGACGAGAAUUACUGCUGCAGACCUGCUUGUCGAUGCGAAGAUGGAUUUUACAGAGACGAAUAUUUCAAAUGUGUUUCUUCAGAGCAUUGUAUCGCACGUUAUUAUAUUGACCAGUACGCUGUCACAGAAGUUGUUGAAGAGGUUGAAGAGCCAAACAAAUGUCCAGCCAAUGAGACAAUGGCGUGGUGUGUAGUCGACUGUGCGUACAAAUAUUGCCCCACUAAUGAUAGUCGAGCAGUAUCUCGCUGUCAAUCACCGAGGGGAAACUGCCCACAGGGAUGUGUGUGUCAGUGGAAUUAUAAGAGGUUGAGUGUUACAGACCGGAGAUGUAUUUUGGCUUCUGAUUGUCCCCCAGUGAAAUGCACCAGGCCGAACGAAGUGUGGAACCCUUGCCCCUCUCCAUGUUACAGAGAAAAUUGUAGAAACAGGCGUACAGAACCAAAGAUAUGUACUUAUAAAGGACUAAACACUUGUGAGCCAAGAUGCACCUGUAUCCAAGGAUAUUAUCGAGAUCAAUUCGAUGAUUGCAUCCCGGCUGCCGAUUGUGAUAAAACUACAUUUACGAGCGAUUUACGUGCCGAGUAGAAACACGCAAAAAAAUUAAUAUAAAUUUUUAUAAAACUUUCGUGUUUAUUCACAAAAUGGUUAUCACUCAUUACAGUAGGUGCGCGGAAUCCGGUGUUUAGUGCUUAUAAUAAUAAAAACAAAAAUGCUUCGACUUCAGUUUCGCGAGUGGAUACAGUGAGUGUGGUUUGUCGAAAAAAAGUAAGUGACACUGGUAACGCCACAAGUAAUCAAGGUGAAGGUAGUCGUCGACAGCGAAACAGAGUAGACAGAUAUGUCUGCUCUUAGACCUGUCUUCUGCCGCUGUCAAGUCAACCAAUAAUACAAUACAAACGACGCAGCGCGGUUUGUAUCUGAGAGCGCCCGCCGCGUGACGCGUACGGAUGUGUGCAUAGUUAGAUAAUGCAAAUGUGUGCAUUUGCAUAAUCUAAGGAUGUUCACUGUACUGGUUGUCUCAACUUUUCAUUAUUAAGCGAAUGUGUGCGUCCGUACAGAGCACGCGGCGGUUGUACACAUACAAUUUACGCUUAUCCUACAAUAUCGGGAAAAUAAAAAGAACUCAUACCGUGGUAAGAAACCUGUAAUUAGUGAUAAUCAUUUAAAAUGUAUUAACUCCAUAUAACAAUAAUUAAUGAUUUUUCAAUUACCAUGUAUUUUCUGAAAUCAAGCGGGAUUUCCUAAACAUGUUUCCAUCCAACAACUCGAUUUUAGCAUAACAAAGCUAUUUCCUUUUUUUUUAAUACCGUUUUAGCAGCAAUUCCUUGCUUAUUACAAAAAUUUGUUUUAAUAAAAUUGUUCCCUAGAACCGUAAUAUCGCCGUCAUUCAUGCAAAUAAUUGCGUUUUCAGUGACGAUAAACUGAUUUACUUUCCGAUUUUUUAUUGUUUUAAUUUUCAUAAACGAAUAUUUGAUGUUUUACGCGAACUUUUUUGGUUUACUAUACGCAUACUAUUAAUCUAAGUACGUUCAUUUGAAUGUAUAGUAAAUUAUUUAGUACAAUAAGUGGAAUUGUGGCCAGAAUUAACAAUAC